UUUUGGAGUCACAUAAGCAGCAAUGGUACUAAACGACAAGGUAAAAAAGGAUGGAGCUUUCCGAGAAAUGCUCUAAAACGUCUCAAAGGAAGAUAUACUGAUGGGAUGGGAUGUCUAAUUUUAAUUAUUAUUCCUUAGAGUGAUGAAUUUCUUCUACAGAAAGACAAAAGAAAGAAAAUGAUGGGUCUGCGUUGCCCUUCUCCUGAUUGUUCAUCUUCUCCAAGGAACUCGGAGAAGCAGAGUGUGAUUGUUGCAUCACCUUCAAGAUUCUCUUGCUACAGUGAACCGUUUGUAUCAAUUGAGAAGAGAUUACUAACUCAUAAGGAUUAUAAUUACAACCUAAUGCCAAAGUCUUCAGAAGAUUUGAGGAAGGAGAUUGCUUCACUCGAGUUUGAGAUUCUGCGUACGGAGCAGUACUUGCUCUCUCUUUACAGGACAGCUUUCGAUGAACAAGUUACUUCUUCUUACUCUCCUCACACUGAAACAAGCUUAGUCUCCAAUCAGUUUUGUCCCAAGUCCGAGCAGUCAGAACUCGCCGGUGUGCUCAGCUACCAUUACCAAGCUUCUCCGGUCUCUGAACGUUCCUCUUCGUGUCCUAAGAGUUUCCAAGCCAGCUUGAAAGCCUUUUCCGCAAGAGAGAAGACAAGAUAUGUUUCUGGCAAUCACACUACUCUUGGAGACCUUCUAGGCUCGUCUUAUAUCGUAGAUGACACAGUGAACCCGAGUAGGCUCUCUGAAGAAAUCUUGAGAUGCAUAUCUUCAGUGUACGUUACGCUCUCCACCAAAGCAAGAAGCAGUUCUUCUUGUCUUCCGCCUUCUUCAUAUGUCUCUUGGAACCCAUGCCUCGUGGAAAUCAAAGAGGAAAACGCUCCACGUGGCAUUGUAAUAGAGUCUCUGAAACUUCAGCUGGAUGAUAGUAGCUUCAACCACGCAGCUCUUAUGCUCCAAAACUUCAGAUCACUAGUUCAAAAGCUUGAGAAGGUUGAUCCAAGCAGGUUGAAACGAGAAGAGAAGCUCGCGUUUUGGAUUAACAUUCACAAUGCCCUCACAAUGCAUGCUUAUUUAGCCUAUGGAACUAACAACCGCGCAAGAAACAACUCUGUUUUAAAGGCAGCUUAUGACGUUGGAGGCUACCGCGUAAACCCUCACAUUAUCCAAAGCUCAAUCUUAGGCCUUCGCCCUCAUUUCACACCACCUUUGCUGCAGACACUCUUUUCGCCAUCAAGAAAGUCGAAAACUUGCACAGUCAAACACAUUUACGCCUUGGACUAUCCAGAGGCGUUGGCUCACUUCGCUCUCUCUUCAGGAGCUUCCACAGAUCCUCCUGUUCGGGUUUACAAGGCGGAUUGCGUGUUCAGAGACUUAAGAAGAGCGAAAGAAGAGUUUAUAAGAAGCAACGUUCGUAUACAGAACGAGACAAAGAUAGUGUUGCCUAAGAUAGUUCAUUACUAUGCUAAAGAUAUGUCACUAGACGCAUCUGCGCUCAUGGAGACAACGGUGAGGUGUUUACCAGAGUCCAUGAAGAGAGUUGCUCAGAAACUGUUGAAGAAGAAGAGCAAAAGCAUUGAAUUCUCACCGGAAAACUUGAGUUUCCGUUAUGUAAUCAUAUCAAGACACUGAUCAUCCAUCAUCAUGCUAUGUAAAGCGAAAUGUACAUUAAAACGUCACGUAGUUUUUAUCAUACAAAUUGAGAGUUGAACUACACGCCGUUUUGUAAUACAUCACGUAGUUUUUAUCUUACAAAUGGAGAGUUGAACUGCACGCCGUUUUGUAAUUCGACAUAGCCACACGAAAAAUUCUGAAUAGCGAAAGUGAAAGGCUUUUGGUUAGGGAUUGGAGUAGGGAUCUUGUCAGCCAUUGUUGUUUUCGUUAUUGGGCUUAGAGGAGGAGAUAUGAAGAGCUCGACGAUCUUCUUCUCUGGUGUUGUUCCUCCUUCUCUACGUGUCAGAUCGGUUCUCACUCCAGCCACCGAACGAGGUUCCAUGGCGACGUCCUCUAACGGUCCUAAGUGGGCUUAGAAAACCAUCACGCUUCCACCGCAACGCCGUGGAUGUCAUCUUAUCACUCCUAAGAUUUUGAAGGAAAUUGGACAAGACUUGUCGGGUUUCAACUGUGGUCUUGCUCAUGUCUUCUUACAACACACAUCCUGAUGUUCAGGCUGAUACUGAGACUUUCCUGAACAGGAUUGUUCCUGAGGUAUAGUCUAUUUAGCUGCCUUCUCAUUGUAUUCACUUUAUUUUUUUUUUGUUCUUGUAAUUCAGGGGAGUUCAGCUCCUUGGAGGCAUACCAUGGAAGGUCCAGAUGACAUGCCAGCUCAUAUCAAAUCAUCAAUGUUUGGGUGUCAACUCACAAUCCCAAUAACAAAAGGCAAGCUUAACAUGGGAACUUGGCAGGGAAUAUGGAUAUGUGAACACCGUGAUGAUCCAACAGCACGCAGAGUUGUGGUCACCCUCAACGGUAUCUAAAUAAUAUCUCUUCAUGUUUUGUUACCUCGUGUGGAAUUUACGGUCCUGUAAUGGAAAUUUACUUUAUUUUUCUUUGUGAGACAAUACUGCGACUAAUGUGUUUAUACACAAAGUAAAAGAUCAGUUUCAUUUGAUU